UUGACAACUCAAAAUGAAUGCAUUCUGUUGCUAUUUUAUAAACACUGGCUUAGCAUAGAAAAGUUAUACAUUCUGAAAUAAACUCUUUGUGCAAAAUAAUCGAAUUUGCUUCUUUCUCAGGCAUGGAGAAAAGCUGCGUGUCAGCUGAAAAGAUAGUGCACAAAGAAUCGUGACGUCACAGUCAACAAACAGGAACAAGAACAAAGCUGUUUAUAGCAGAGAGAACACUGCAGUCCCUGGCACUGUCAGUUUUGAGUGUAUCAAAGUAUAGGACCAGAAAGUCUCUCCUGUGUAGUUUGGUGAAAGGUCAAAUACCAUGAUUUAUGAAUCAGAAGGAGUAUAACCCCACUUUCUACAGUUUCUUAGGUGUUUUGUCUUCAAGAUGGGUGGAUGUAUUGGGUCCCAAAGAGACUCUGGGACUGGAGAAUCCUCUGAUCUUGACGCAGGAUGGCUUCAACACGUUUCUGUGGGACGCAAUCAGCCUUUGAAAGCAGAAAAACCUAGAUGGAAGAACGAUGUCCCUUUGACUGAAGGGCAGUUGAAAAGUAAACGUGAUGAGUUUUGGGACACAGCUCCUGCUUUUGAUGGCAGAAAAGAAAUCUGGGAUGCUCUCAAAGCUGCAGCUUAUGCAUUGGAAACUGGAGAUCACACUAUGGCUCAAGCUAUUGUUGAUGGUGCAAGCAUAUCACUACCACAUGGUACCCUGUUAGAUUGCUAUGAUGAGCUGGGUAACAGAUACAAGUUGCCUGAGUAUGUUCUGAGUGCGCCUGUGAACCUCAUCGAAGAAGCGAGUGAAAGUGACACUGCCCCAGACACAGACACCAACCUGUCGCCCGGGGUGGAGCAGCCCAUUCGUUUUCGUCUGUCAAAUCUUAGCCACGAUAUCAAACUGCAAGUCUCCUCCACAGACUCUGUGCUAAAACUGAAGAAACGCAUUGCCGAGAUGCAGGUGGGCGUUGAGCCUCAGAGACAGCGGUGGUUCUACGCAGGCCGCUUGCUCAAUGACAAACUUCGCAUUGAGGAUGCUAAAAUUCCUAAGAAUCAUGUUGUUCAGGUGAUUGUGUCUCUGCCGGCGCAGGAGGAUGCAAGUUGAGCCACAGGGUCACCAGUGAACGUAUGGGGCUGCUCCUGUUUUCAAGUCUUUUCUACUUCUGUUGCUUGCCUUGGAAAAAAAGUAAAAAAGCGAUUUUAUGACGUCUGUUUGUGAUAUUUGACACAGACCACAGCCUUUCCUGUCAAUGAAUAGAAGUGAUGACCCCCAUUUUGUUCUUUUUUAUACUUUUAAAAUGAAUUCCAUGGAAGCUAGGAUCACAGAAGGAAAGUCAAUUCAUUUGUUGGUAGUUGUCCCUCAGUGAAAACGUUUCUUCAUAGCAGUCACAUUUUGGGGGCUAACUUGUGGAUGAAAACCAGACACAGAGAACUUUUUUACACAAUGUAUAUUGUAUAUGCACGCAGGUAUGAUAAAUCGUAACUCAUCCUACACUUAAAAUGUGUCAGAUUGUUAACAUUGUGUGCUUUGUGAACCAUUAUAUAUUGAUGUGCACCAAAUGUUUGGAAGAAACUGUAAGCAUAUAUGCAUUUUCUAAACUUUGUUUCUGAUUUUGAAUGUUGCUGCGUCAUUUUGUUAACCAAGUUGGAGGUUGUCUCUUACAAAUAUAUCAUCAGCUCUCACGUAACUCCCUUGACGUACAAUAAUAUGGUUUUAUCAUAUGUAGAUCGUCCGACAGCCUAACACACAGCUAUGGUUGAGAGUUCUAAUGCAAAGUAUCUUGGUUUCCUGUCAGGGAUUGACGUUGAUUACACUGAGGUACAAAAUGGACACAGCUCCAGUUUUUUUAUUAGUUCAUGGUCUUUUGUGCUCAAAUGCAUUUAAUGUGAUAUGAAUUUGUUGUGGAUAAUGAGUGGAGGACAAGGAUUGAAGGGCCUGAUUAUGUGAUUUUGUUCUCCCUCUUUCAGACUUUAGGUGGUCGCAAAUGUUGACUUGUUUUUUUCUUUAGUAUGAAUUCUCUGUAACCUUUACUUUCUGUAGUCUUCUUUUUUGUGUUAAAAAAGAUAUAUAUGAAAUAAGUUUUUACCUUGAUUUUGGGAUGAAACACUUUAAAAUUAGUAGAUUUGUAUCUAAAUGCAUUUAAUUUUUACCUGUCCUGUAAGCACCUUGCUUUGGGUCUCAUUGAUGUAAAUUUGUUAUUUAUUAAAUGCUCAAAAAUGCUUUAAGGCUUGCCAAAUACAAUGUCACUUGGGAACCCUAUGUUUCAGUUAGAGGUCUAUGUCCUUGCGAGAGAAUGACUUUUGGAAGCUCCUUGGAAGGAAUUGUUCUGUAGUAAACCCAAUUUUCAUAUGUACGGACUCGAGUAUAAGUUCUGGCUAGGUGGAUAUGGUUUUAAAGCAAGGUCUGAUUUUUAAAAUGUUUGAUAGCUUUUCAAACACCAUAUUAUCAUUUCACAUCGUCCGUCUUCCUUACUCGGAUUUUCAAACUGUGGGUAUGCCUUCAGCUGUUUUGUUUGAAAGAAUAUUUCUCGGAACAACAAAAAACCAAUGUAAAAAGCAAAACCAACAGAAGUGGUUUCAAGAAAUUGAUAUUAGAUUAUGCUUGCCUCUUCUUGUACGAAGACAAAUAAAGUUAGAAAAAAAGGUUUGAGCAGUGAGCAGUUAUGCACAUACACUCAGAUACUGACAUGGCAGUAUAAGUUGUAAAGAUACAUGGUAUGCAAUGACUUUAAAUGUGUAGCCUUUUCAGGGCAUUGUACGGCAUAGCGUUUGUAUCUUUUUCAGUGUUAGGCUUUUAUUUUUAUCGAAGAGAUGGGAACUGUGAUUACCUGUGCUUCUAUUAAUGGUCCAGAGAGCUGUGCUUACUCAAGGUAGCGUAAACACAGCCUCGUGGGCACUUUGGCCUACAGAGCGAGUGGUUUCGGUGAAAUCGGGGUAAUUCAGAUUGCUGUUUCUUUGCUCUUUCGCUAUAACACACCAAAUACUGUACACCUUGUAAAAGUUCAGCUUUUCCUUGUUACAAUGGUGUAAGUUGUUUAUAUGUCCAAUUAUUAGGAGCUGGAGAAUCGCUGUGGAAAGCGAAGCCCCUCGUGGUCGGAAUGCGUUAUCAGCUGGUUAAAAAAUUGACCCACGUGCAUUCAAAUGCUUCACAGAAGGAUUGAUGAUUAAAUACCGUCUUUUCAUUGACAGAGAACUGUUGAGCUUUGAUGUUUAAAUAGAAAGCCUUUAAAAAUCGCGACAAAGUUUUCAAAUAUCAUUUUUUACACGAAAUAUGUAAAAUACCGGCUCAAAAAAGGUACCAAUAGAAAUAUCAGUUCAUUUUCUAUCAGAAUAAAGUAAGCGGCUUGGAAUUAUUUUGCAUCAAUCCUUCCGCGAAACUCGGAAAGCAUGUUACCCCCCACGCGGGGAGCACUUGGUACACUGCAGUAUAGAGCCGAUUCGCUCAUCGAGGGGGCUAGUGCGGCGUCGGCCGGCUCAAUGCUCGGUGUUUUUGUCGAAAUAACGAAUAUUGAUUUGUAAUGAUGCCACAGUCUUGGAAAAAAUUAGGCUCCAUGUCUAUGUUAUAGUGAUUUUACUCUGUUAAUGUGGAGAUGAUUGGUUCACUUGGUACUCUUUUAUUAUCUGUUAAACAUGGGGUUGCAGCCAGUUAACGACUUUAGCAAAUUUGAUCAUAUUUAAAACUGCUACUAUUUUCUUAAAAAUUGGCUUAGAGGUUAUAGAAAGGUAUCGAAAUUCUCAGGAGAUAUAAGCCCUUUCAUAUGGAAUAGAUAGAUUUGGCAUACAGCUGCUUUGAAAAUUUAGUUUCUGGUACCUACUUACUCCCAUCCCCCAUGGAACAUUUUGUACUCUCCCUGGUAGCACAGUGCUUGCAGUGGAGGGCUGAACUGACAGCUCAUUUGAAAAGCAGAGAGACAUUACUUGGAUCAUUAGAACAAAGAUAUCAAAACUUACAGAAAUGAAAAAAAAUGGGGCAUUUGUAUAUAUGGUGUGCACAUUUUGUGUUGGGUGGGAGAGAGAGGGAGGGUGGGUGGGAGGAGAGUAUGUAUGGGAAAAAUGGAGUGAUAAUUGAAAAGAAGGGAAAAUCGGUGAAGACUUUUAAGUGUGCCCACCCUAGUGUUUCGAAAGAAAAUAUGAUUUUUCUAUAUCAUGUUUACAUUUUGCGUCAAGACUCGACCAAGGAAUUGUGCUUCUGGCCCACUUUAGCAACAUAUUCAUUUGUGGUUGGUCAAGCUCAUUCUGGUCUUAAAACAACCAAAGUGUUGAACUUAUACUUUGUCCAACUUUUUUAAAACCUUCAUGAACCAGAAGGGGUCUAGUACAGGGUUGUUGACUCCAGUGAAUCUGGAAGUUUCAAUCAUUUGGAAAUUAGGUUUAGUCUGUCAAGAAAUUAAAAGAGUUUCAGAUGAAAAGGAAGGUUUCCAUGUAUUAAUGGUAGCUUGUGUUGGAAAUUUGCACAGUGUUCUCGCAACUAACGCCGAACUUCUGGAUUGUGCUAUGUUUUACUGAACUGUGUUCAUCUCUACUGAAAUCACAGACACUGAACAGGGUUUCCUCGUAUAUAAAGGGGAUAGCUAUUUUGAAUUUUUGCAAUAUUCAAAAACAUAUGUUCGUUGUACAAGACUUGAUGCAUGUUUUUUUCUCCCUUUGGUAGAAAAGCAAUGGAAGUUCAUAUUUUCUUAUGGGAAUUUGUUCAUUUUUGAAAGACUUAUUGUUGCCCUUCUUUUUUUUCUUUUCUCUGUUCUUGUGGCUACUCUCCAACUUUGAUCUGGCCUAUGCUUUAUUGUACAUGCAUUUUAAAAGUUGAGAAGGGGUAUCGUUUACACCUUACUUUUUAUGAAUACAUAUAUUUCUAGAUAAUUAUACUUCAGUUUCAUUCUUAUAUUUUAUGUUCAAUUAGAAAAUAAUUGCUGGGAUUUCCAUUUUUGUUGUGGAGUCAAAAUUUAACCAUUUGUUUUUUUGUAAGGGUUUACAUGCUAUAUAUCUUCAUAAGUCUGUAUAUGUUGGGGGGAAGUUCGUCGACAUUUCACUUUCAGAAUAUCAUUUGAAUCAGUGAAAGAAAAAUGAAACUUACACAAAGGGUGUUGUGCAGCAUCUAUCACACUUGGUAAGCACCCUGACCUCACUCAUAUUUGUCUCACAUAUCACUGUGUUCAAGGUACCUGUCUUUUUAAAACUCAAAAUAAUUCUGAGUAUAAAUAUGUGUUCUUUUUAAAGACAGUAACAGUUUGUUUAUGUACCUUCUCUCAUUCUUUGACUCUGUCUUCAGAUAAAUGUACCCAUAAUGAUGUCAUAUUUUUCUUUAAUGCCAAGGUGAAAUUAACAUUCCAAACUUAAAGUCUAUUGAAGCUAACCUGAAAACUGAUUAAUUUGCACCAUUGUUACUGUGAGUAGUUGCUUUUGAUUGAACACUUUGUCAUGCAAGAUCCAAUCCGUACGUGUUUCAAAAUGUUUUUUAAAGUCAUUACAUUCAUAUUUUGCAAAUGCAAAUGGAGAUUGAAUGCUCAUCGCUGUCAUAUUUGAUGUACCUGAUCACGAUGCUGUCCAGUUAGUACCGUACUUAAACACCUACAGUUUGUGCAUUGAUCCGUCUAUCAUAUCAUUUGUCCACAUCAAAGAAAAAAAAA